AUGGAGCUCGUCGAGCUCGUGGAGAACGAGCCUGUAGUUCGCGCCUUCAAGUGCGACUGGGAGGAUUGUGUUAAGGGAUUCAACCGCAAGUCAGAUCUUCAAAGGCAUUACCGGAUACACACAAAUGAACGGCCGUUCAUAUGCGAUUACGGGGAGUGCAGAAAGGCGUUCAUCCAGAGGAGCGCUCUGACAGUCCACAUUCGUACCCAUACCGGCGAGAAGCCUCACGUCUGCGAGCACGUAGGAUGCGGCAAGCCAUUCUCAGAUUCUUCGAGCCUGGCAAGGCAUCGUCGGAUCCACACGGGUAAGCGGCCGUACACAUGUGACCACCAAGGGUGCACAAAGAGCUUCUGUAGAAAGACGACAAUGGUAAAACACUGGAAGCGAACCCACCAGCGUACGCGCCAAUCCGCCGGCAUGGACGAGUCAGCUUCCGAGGGCGGCAGCCCACCACCGACGCCCGACAGCCACGCCGCGAUGCCGUGGGCGGCUGCCCCUCACGCUCUCCCGGGCCACCCUCCCCAGCUGAAUCACCCGGGCCAAAUCCAACAACCACCUCCAUUUCCCGGCUUCGGCCAGCACAUGCCCAACUACGGCAUGCCCCAACAGGGCCCUCCCCAAGGCGUCCCGAACAGCGGCAUGGCCAACUACCACGCCGCCCCGAUCAUGUCGCAACCACCACCCCUCGAGGCCCCGGGUCACCCACAACAACAACAACAACAACAACCACAGCAUCCGCCGCCGUACGACAGCAUGCAGAUGAUGCAACAACAAACACCACGGAUGCCCGUCAGCUACUACGUGCCCGAGCAAAACAACCCGGGGGUGGCGACCAUGACAACACUCGACAGCCCGGGCGCCUACACGGUGGUGUCGGGCCCGCCGAACGGGCAGGGCCUGUACACGGUGAUCCCGUCGGACCAGCUGAGGGGGGAGACCAUCCACCCGGACGUCGCGACCUGGAGGUUGGACGAGUUCAGGUGGGCGCCGUGGCCGCUGACCAAGGCCGACUUUGAGGAGGACAUCUCCAUGCAGAUGCCUAGUGCCAGGAUCAACGACAUGUGA